GUGAGAACUACAAGAAACUUUUAGAACUACAAGAGACGAUGAGAAGAACUUCAAGAAACUCUUACCAGAACCUUUGAGCACUACAUGAAACUUUUAGGACAUGAAAUGCUGAGAACUUCAAGAGACUCUUACUAGAACCUGUGAGAACUACAAGAAACUCUCACAACUUCAAGAAACUCUUACCAGAACCCGUGAGAUCUGCUUAUUCAGUGUGGAUCAGAGAAAUCAUCAUUUGAGCAGCAACAUGACUUUUGAAGAAACUAACGGAGAGAAUUCUUCAGAAAGAAUGAAAUCAGUGGCCAACGCUCUGGAGGAGGUCCUGAGCUCAGCGUUGCCUCAGGGUUGCAUCACUGUGGGAGUCUAUGAGGCAGCAAAGUCACUGAACGCGGAUCCAGACAACGUGGUUUUGUGUCUUCUGGUGACGGAUGAUGAAGAAGAUGUGGCUCUCCAGAUACAUUUCACUCUGAUCCAGGCCUUCUGCUGUGAGAACGAUAUCAACAUCCUGCGGGUGAGCAACAUGAGGCGUCUGGCUGAAAUCCUGGGCGGAGUGAAGCCCAGCGGGGAACCUGUGGACCUGCACUGUGUCCUAGUUACAAACCCUCCGUCAUCGCUGUGGAAGGGCACUGCGCUGAGCAGAGUGAGCAGAUUCUGCAGUGACAGCCGCGUUUUAGAUCAGUGGGUGCCCGUCAUUGACCUGCCCGACCGCUGAGGCCAGCAUCGUCCUGCGGACUGGGGGAAAUACUUUCACAGCACCAGCGUGCUGGUGUUUGCGUCAGACUGCGUCAGACUUCUGUGGAAGUGGCUUCAGAGAAGGAGUGGAGGGGCAGGCGCGGAACACGAGGAAAACAAACGUUCCAGCAGGUCACGGGAACUCGUGCUCUGAGGAGGAGUGACUCAGCACUCUGGAUGACUGAGCCUUUCUCUGCCAAGAAAGAAGCCUUUCCAGGAAACAGGAUCCACGUGUCCAGAUGAGCACAUGUGGCGCUGAGAGUUCAGACUGAGAACCUCAGCAGUUCCACUGAAAAUUAGUCUAAACUUUCAUUAAGAGCAGAGUCUCUGUGGUAUUAAAAAUUUGAAUAAUCAAAAAUGGGAACACCCAUCCUUCUUAUUUUAAAGACACUGUAUUAAUUUCAUUGUGUUUUUAUUUGUUAAUAAUUUAAUGAAUUUUAUUUAUUGUGUAUUGUUCCUGAAGUACUGAAUCAAAUAAAAGUGUUUAGA